AUGGUGCUUGAGGCGACCAUGAUAGUGCUGGACAACAGUGAGAGCAGUAGAAACGGCGAUUAUGUUCCAUCGAGAUGGGAAGCCCAAGCAGACGCAGUCAACCUCAUCUUUUCCGCCAAAACCCAAGCGAAUCCCGAAUCCUCCGUCGGUCUGAUGAACAUGGCCGGUAAGGGGCCAGAGAUGUUGGUUACUCUGACCACGGACUUUGGGAAGCUACUUGAUGGGAUGCACCGGACGAAGAUAAGAGGGAGCACGCAUCUGGCUACAGCCAUACAAAUAGCAGGUCUCGCGCUCAAACACCGCCAAAAUAAAUCGCAACGACAACGCAUUAUAGUCUUCACCUGCUCCCCCAUUGACGAAGAUGAAAAGAAUCUUGUCAAGCUCGCUCGGAAGAUGAAGAAGAAUAAUGUCUCGAUCGACUUCAUCGCCUUUGGUGACCUGGACCCAGAGAACACGAAGAAGCUAGAAGCGUUCAACGAGAACAUCAAGGGCGGAGAUGGCUCGCAUCUGGAGGUAAUUCCACCGGGUCCGAGUCUACUGAGUGAUCACAUAAUAUCUACGCCCAUAUUAGCUGGAGAGGGUGUUGCUCCUCGUGGCGGUGAGAACGGCGGCGACGCUGGUGGAGAUGCAGGUGGAGGUGGUUUCGAUUUCGGCGUUGAUCCAAGCGCAGAUCCGGAGCUUGCGCUUGCUUUGAGAAUGAGUAUGGAAGAAGAGAAGGCCCGACAAGAAAAGGAGGGAAAGGCUGGAGAAGCCGCGAAGGAGCCAACGCUAGAAGGCAUACCAGAGGAAGGUGGAAGCUCGGAGAGCCAGCCAUUACUCAAUGCAGACGGAGAAGCCAGUGGGACUGCGGACGCUCCCGUUUCAAAGCCCGAAGUGGGAGAAAAGAAAGACAAGGAGCAUCAAGGGAUGGACAAAAUGGAGACAGAUAGGGACGACACAAAAGACAGGGACAACAUGGACACAGAUUAG